GAGGCCUUGCAGCCAGACACACCUGGGUGCACGUUGGCUGCUCCACAGAGCCGCUGUGUGACCUUGGGCACACCUGGGCCCCUCUCCAGGCCCCCGGUGGGAUGUGCUGGUGCCUGCCUCCCGGGGCUGCUGUGAGGGCUGGGGUGGAGGGUGCAGGGCAAGAGCCAGUGCUCAGUAAGGAGCUGCUUUUGUCGUUCACGCUGUUGCUGAGUGGCCCUCUUUCUGCAGCUGAGGGAGCUAGUGGUACUGGGUCAGGGCUGUUUGGUGAAUCAAAGUUGGCUGGCGGGGAGGGGAAGCUGCUUUCCACACUGAGCCUGCCCCAUCUGUGUGUCUGUCCCUAUGCAUGUGGAAGGCCACACUCAACCCAACUGUACCAGCAUGUGCCGGAGACACGCUGGCCCAUUGUGUACUCACCGCGCUACAACAUAACCUUCAUGGGCCUGGAGAAACUGCACCCCUUUGACGCGGGAAAAUGGGGCAAAGUGAUCAGCUUCCUAAAAGAAGAGAAUCUUCUGUCAGACAGCAUGCUGGUGGAGGCACGGGAGGCCUCGGACGAGGACCUGCUGGUGGUGCACACAAGGCGCUAUCUGAACGAGCUGAAGUGGUCCUUUGCUGUCGCGACCAUCACAGAAAUCCCCCCUGUCAUCUUCCUCCCCAACUUCCUUGUGCAGAGGAAGGUGCUGAAGCCCCUUCGGACCCAGACAGGAGGAACCAUAAUGGCGGGGAAGCUGGCCGUGGAGCGAGGCUGGGCCAUCAACGUGGGUGGCGGCUUCCAUCACUGCUCCAGCGACCGGGGCGGGGGCUUCUGCGCCUAUGCCGACAUCACACUCGCCAUCAAGUUUCUGUUUGAGCGAGUGGAGGGCAUCUCCAGAGCCACCAUCGUUGAUCUGGAUGCCCAUCAGGGCAAUGGGCAUGAACGGGACUUCAUGAAUGACAAGCGCGUGUACAUCAUGGACGUCUACAACCGCCACAUCUACCCCGGGGACCGCUUUGCCAAACAGGCCAUCAGGCGGAAGGUGGAGCUGGAGUGGGGCACGGAGGAUGACGAGUACCUGGGUAAAGUGGAGAGGAACCUCAAGAAAGCCCUCCAGGAGCAUCCACCCGACGUGGUGGUGUACAAUGCGGGCACCGACGUCCUGGAGGGUGACCGCCUUGGGGGGCUGUCCAUCAGCCCACAGGGCAUCGUGAAGCGGGACGAACUGGUGUUCCGGAUUGUCCGAGGCCUCCAGGUGCCCAUCCUCAUGGUGACCUCGGGCGGGUACCAGAAGCGCACGGCCCGCAUCAUCGCGGACUCUAUCCUUAAUCUGUGUGGCCUGGGCCUCAUCGGGCCCGAGACACCCAGCGUCUCGGCACAGAACUCAGACUCGCCUCUGCUGCCCCCCGAGGUGCCCUGACGGCGCUGCCCUUCCCAGUGACGCCCUGCCCGCCUCCCGCCCCCCCGCCCCGCUUCUCCUUCUAACUGCAGGGGGCAGUGGGGCAGCCCCAGGGGCCUCGAGGGCGCUCCUCCACUGUCCUCCCUGGGAUCGGAGGGUCGGAAGGCAGAGCCUGAGACCCAGGAAGACCCCUCGGGGUUGUGGGUCUGACCAGGCCCUGAGGAGGCAGGCAGCUCGCUGAGUGGGGGCAGGUGAGACUCCUGGGGGCCUCAGGGUGGGCCCUAGGGUUUGGGGUGUGAUGGUUUUCAAAAAGGUCGGACUCAUUUCAGACUGAGGAAGUUUCCAUCUCUACUGUGGUUGGGCCUCCAUCCCUCCUCGUCAGUGGUGUGAUUUGUUCCACCCUGUCCCCCUCACCUCAGGUGGGUGGGAAGAGCUAUGGGCGCCAGUGUGGGUGGGCCUGAAAGCCGGGUGCUGGAGCCAGGCUUCCAGGGGCCCUGAUCCUGGAUGUGAGGGGUAGCAAGGAGGGGGUGCAGGUGCGUUUUCCUGCCUGGUGCUCCCCUUCAGCAAAGCGAGGGCUGGGGCUGCCUUCCCGGAGCCCUCGGUGCUGAUAGGGGAGGCCGCGGAGCCUGGGCCCUGCUUCAACAGUUCUGUUCAGGGAGAGCGGCAGGUUUGCGGGAAGAAGGCUUGGCUCGGGGAUGGGCCUCAGCAGAUUCGAGGGGAAGGCUGACCCCGGUGGGGAGGGGGCCAAGGAAGGCGAGGCCCUGACGGGGACAUUGGGCAUGGGCCAGGUGGCCAAGCCAGGCCCUGUGGGAACUGCGGCCCCAGGUGGGGACCAAGGUUCUGGGGAGGCCAGGCUGGAGUUGCUGGAGGAUGGCAGAGGGUCUCCCUCCUGGCCGGCAGGUUGUGAGAGGAGGGGCUGGGCCAGCCUCCACUUGCUCUCACCAGAGUGCCCAGGCCCUGGCUGUGCUCCAUGUCCAGGAUCCCAGGGGGGCCCUGUGUCCUUAGCUGUGCUCUGGAGGGGACGCUCAGGGCCCCCAGGGGAGCUGGGUGGGGAGUGUCCGCCCUCCAUUGCCUGGGCGUGUUCCUAGACAGUGGUCUGAGGUGGGGGUGGGGGGGAAAUUGGGCCAGCUGAGGCGUCCCCAUCCCUGAUCAACCCCACUGAUGGGGCUCGUGUUCUUUACUGUCUGGGGGUGCUCCUGCUUCCUCCCACGCCCUCCCCACUCUCCCUCACUGCUCUGUCUGCCGAGGGGUGGAGAAGGGUGCCAAGACCACAAAGUCUAAGAUGCUGACCCCCUGGACCAGCCCCGAGGACUGACACACACCUGGACCCCUCACCUGCUCAAAGAUGCUGACUCCCUGGACCAGCCCCGAGGACUAACACACACCUGGACCCCUUACCCGCUCUUGCUGUUGGUCUCCGUGUGUGACUCACAGUCCUAACAUCCCUUCCUCUCCCAUGCCAGCCGUGACAUUGGGGCGGGCGGCGGAUGGGGCUCAUCACGGUGAGCUGUUCGUAGAGAACCAUGAAGGCUCUUGAUGAAAACUGGCUACUGUGUGUUCUUGAGGUCAAGAAGCCCUACCCCUAACGAUUAAAGGAAAUAAAGAUUAAAAUUCACAUAGCAGGAGGCCUGACACGGGGUAGCUGCCCAAUAAAUGCUGGUGUUCUGUUCUGUCUUCAGA